UCACUGGAUUAGGAAUUAGAGCGCUUCAGUUCACCGGUGUUCCCGAUAGAGGGCGCGCUAUGCGGAAGUGAUGGAAUCCACCACUGACUAGGCUGCAGGUUUAGCAUAGGGGACUGUUAAGAUUGUGUUCAUGCAACAUAGCGUUUAGCUGUACAUCAGACGGGGAAUAAAUAGCCUGCAUCAUGUCAAAGAAUACGGUGUCCGAUCGUUUCCGUAAAGUGGAUGUGGAUGAAUACGACGAGAACAAGUUUGUAGACGAGGAAGAGGGAGGAGAAAACCAGCUGGGUCCAGAUGAGGCAGAGGUGGAUUCUCUCAUCAGACAAGGGAACCUUAUGGGUGCCCUGCAGGCAGUAUUAAAAAGCCCACCAAUCAACACAAAGAAUCAGAACGUCAAGGAUCGUGCUGAAGGUCUAGUGCUGAAGGUGCUCAGCUCCUUUAAGAGCACUGACAUAGAGAAGGGAGUUCAGUCUCUGGAUAAAAAUGGAGUAGAUCUGCUCAUGAAAUACAUCUACAAGGGGUUCGAGCGGCCGUCCGAGAACAGCAGCGCUGUCCUGCUGCAGUGGCAUGAAAAGGCUCUUUCUGCAGGUGGAGUGGGCUGCAUCGUGAGGGUCCUAACAGCCAGGAAAACAGUGUAAACUGCAGCGGGUUAGCAUAGCGCACAGAAAAACACGACCCAGCAGUGGGAAAUCCUGCUGAGACACUCAGAACAAAGCGAUGACUUUCCACAGGGUGCUGAAGAGGACCUCUCAUCUGAUUUCCAUGCAUUUUACCCUCUUCUGUUAUAUCACUCUUAACUCACAUAGUUGAAAACGCAUAACCGUGCCAUCAGUCGUAUGCUAGAUUUAUCGUAGCUUCUCUCAGGAAUACUUUUCUACGCUCUUCUGUAUUGUAUUCAGCAAUCUGAAGUUUAUUAUAACCUUUUAUUAUUAAUAGUCAUUCUUCUUUGAGAGAAAUGUAACCUGUUAUUUUAAUCUGCAUGUGUGUGAAUGGCUUAAAAUGAACAGUCACAAAUUGGUCGGAGUGUCUUACUGCCACUACGUCUGUCCACAGUGACUGUGUCGGAUUAUGAAUAAUACUCUCCAGUGCAUUAAACCUUCCCAUCACUGAUCCCUUCUCAUUUGUUCUAAAUCACCAGGCAUUGUCCCAUAGUAUUUAUUUUUUCAUAACCAAAGCGCACUGGCUUAAAUGCUCCUAUAAGACAUUUAGUUGCAAUGCCUAUUUUAUGCAUAAUCUGAAACAUCUGUUUGAUUUUCUUGGCAGAUGGUGCCAUCUCUGUAAUUGUGACUUUCACUAAUGCUGUUAUAAAGUAUUAAUGUCCUGUCUUAAUGUAUCUGUGUCAGCAUUCCAAAGCACUUCUUGCUGUGGACCAUUGUUA